CCAGGCCGGAGCCGCGGGGCACGCCGGGCAGCGAAGGGCCGCGGGAAGGGCCUCGCGAGCACCGACCCGGCGCGGCCGCCGGCCGAGCAUCCUGCGGGGCCCAGCUGAGCGUGUCCCUUGCCAAGGGGCCUGCCCUCCCGGCCCCUGAUUUUUCCCUAAGGGUGGAUUGUACGGUUAUUCAGCUCCUUAAAGCUGGGAAAGCCAAGGAAGUCUCCUACAAUGCCCUGGCCUCACACAUCAUUUCGGAGGAUGGGGACAACCCAGAAGUGGGAGAAGCCCGUGAGGUCUUUGACUUGCCUGUUGUAAAGCCUUCCUGGGUGACUCUGUCCGUGCAGUGUGGCACUCUCCUGCCAGUCAAUGGUUUCUCUCCAGAGUCCUGUCAGAUUUUUUUUGGACUCACUGCCUGCCUUUCUCAGGUGUCGUCUGAAGACAGAAGUGCCCUGUGGGCCUUGGUUACGUUCCACGGGGGCAGUUGCCAGCUAAACCUCAACAAGAAGUGCACACACUUGAUUGUCCCAGAGCCGAAGGGGGAGAAGUACGAGCACGCUGUCCAAAGAACAAGCAUUAAGAUCGUCACCCCUGACUGGGUCCUGGACUGUGUGUCUGAGAAGAGGAGGAAGGAUGAAGCCUUUUACCAUCCGCGCCUGAUCAUCUAUGAGGAAGAGGAGGAGGAGGAAGAGGAGGAGGAGGAGGAGGGAGACAACGAGGAGCAGGACUCUCAGAAGGAGGGCAGCACUGAGAGGUCCAGUGUCACCAGCUCUGCAGCGGCCUCCCCUGCUGAGCAGCCGAGCUCUCCCACGCCCAGGGCUGAGGUGGCCAAAGGGGAGUUGAUGUUUGAUGACUCCUCUGACUCAUCCCCUGAAAAGCAGGAGCGCGGCUUGAACUGGGCCCCCGCUGAAGCCCCGCCACUCAACACAGCCCAGCGCAGGCUGCCUCAGGGGAAAGGGCCAGGACUCAUUAACCUGUGUGCCAAUGUCCCACCUGUCCCAGGGGACAUUCUGCCUCCUGACAUGCGGGGUAACUUGAUGGCCCCUGGACAAAACCUCCAGAGUUCUGAGCGGUCAGAAAUACUAGGGACCUGGAGCCCAGCUGUCCGGACGUUGCGAAACAUUACAAACAACGCUGAUAUCCAGCAGAUCAACCGGCCAUCCAAUGUGGCACAUAUCUUACAAUCCCUUUCAGCACCCACAAAAAACCUAGAGCAGCAGGUGGCCCGUGGCCAGCAGGGACACCCCAAUGCCAGUGCUGUGCUGUUUGGCCAGGCUAAAGGUGCUCCCGAGACACACGUGUUGCAGCAGCACCACCCUCCCCAGCAGCCUCAGCAGCAGCACCCAGCCCUGCACCUCCAGCCCCAGAUCAUGCAGCUCCAGCAGCAGCAGCAGCAGCAGCAGCAGCCGCCGCCCCAGCCCUACCCCCAGCCUCCAUCACAUCAGUUCCCGCAGCAAGUCCAUCAGCAUCAGUUCUCUCAGCAGCAGCUCCAGUUUCCACAGCAACCAUUACACCCUCAGCAGCAGUUGCAUCGCCCUCAACAGCAGCUGCAGCCAUUUCAGCAGCAGCAUGCCCUGCAGCAGCAGCUCCAUCAGUUGCAGCAGCAGCAGCUCCAGCAGCACCAGUUAGCACAGCUCCAGCAGCAGCAGCAGCACAACCUUCUCCAGCAGCAGCAACAACAGCAGCAGCUCCAGCGCUUGCAGCAGCAGCAGCAGAUGCAGAAUCAAGCAGCACACUUGAGCCAAACGUCCCAGGCACUACAGCACCAGGUUCUACCCCAGCAACCCCUGCAGCUGCCCCUGCAGCCCCCCCUUCAGCAGCAGCAGCAGCAGCAGCAGCAGCAGCAGCAGCAGCAGCAGCAGCUUUUUGGACAUGACCCCGCAGUGGAGAUUCCAGAAGAAAGCUUCUUGCUAGGAUGUGUGUUUGCAAUUGCGGACUAUCCCGAGCAGAUGUCGGAUAAGCAGCUGCUAGCCACCUGGAAAAGGAUAAUCCAGGCACACGGUGGCACUGUGGACCCCACUUUCACAAGCCGAUGCACACACCUCCUCUGCGAGAGUCAAGUCAGUAGUAUGUACACACAGGCGCUACGGGAGAGAAAGCGGUGUGUCACUGCACACUGGCUCAACACAGUGCUGAAGAAGAAGAAGCUGAUGCCCCCUCAUCGAGCUCUGCAUUUCCCAGUGGCGUUCCCACCUGGGGGCAAACCCUGUUCACAGCAUAUUAUCUCUGUGACUGGAUUUGUUGACAAUGACAGAGAUGACCUGAAGUUAAUGGCAUACCUGGCAGGUGCCAAGUACACAGGGUACCUGUGCCGUAGCAACACAGUCCUCAUCUGUAAAGAACCAAGCGGCUUGAAGUACGAAAAGGCCAAAGAGUGGAGGAUCCCAUGUGUGAAUGCACAGUGGCUGGGGGACAUUCUGCUGGGGAACUUCGAGGCCCUUCGGCAAGUGCAGUACAGCCGGUACACCGCCUUCAACCUGCCGGACCCCUUUGUUCCCACUCCACACUUGGUCUUGGGUCUUCUAGAUGCAUGGAGGACCCCAGUGAAGGUGACUGCAGAACUGCUGAUGGGUGUAAGAUUACCUCCUAAGCUGAAGCCGAAUGAGGUCGCUAACAUCCAGCCUUCUUCUAAAAGAGCCAGAAUUGAAGACUUGCCACCUCCCACUAAGAAGCUGACUCCAGAGCUGACGCCUUUUGUGCUCUUCACUGGGUUUGAGCCUGUUCAAGUUCAGCAGUACAUUAAGAAGCUGUACAUUCUUGGUGGAGAAGUUGCUGAGUCCACGAAGAAGUGUACCCACCUCAUUGCCAGCAAGGUGACACGUACAGUGAAAUUCUUGACGGCCAUCUCUGUGGUGAAGCACAUUGUGACUCCGGACUGGCUGGAGGAGUGCUUUAAGCGCCAGGCGUUUAUCGAUGAGCAGAACUAUAUCCUGCGAGAUGCUGAGGCAGAAGUGCUCUUCUCUUUCAGUCUGGAAGAGUCCUUAAAGCGAGCCCACAUCUCUCCCCUCUUUAAGACAAAGUAUUUCUAUAUCACCCCUGGCAUCUGCCCAAGCCUUGCAACUAUGAAGGCAAUUGUAGAGUGUGCAGGCGGGAAGGUGUUAGCCAAGCAGCCAUCCUUCCGGAAGCUCAUGGAGCACAAGCAGAAUAAGAGUCUUUCCGAGAUCAUUUUAAUAUCCUGUGAGAAUGACCUGCACUUAUGUCGCGAGUACUUUGCCAGGGGAAUAGAUGUCCACAAUGCGGAGUUUGUCCUGACUGGAGUGCUCACCCAGACACUGGACUAUGAAUCAUAUAAAUUUAACUGAUGGCCUCUUGCUGCUGCGAGCCGGGAGCUUGGAGCACAGGCGUGGCUGCUGGCAGCAUGGACCAGGACUCCCUUCCUGCAGAGGGCUUGUUUUCCAGCUCUGCCUUAGGGAGAGACCUCGACCAGGAAGACAGAUGUAAUACUGACUGCAUCGUGUUAAGAUGUGUGAUCUUAUUCUAGGAAACAUAAAUUAUGUUUUGUAUUAUAUGCCUAAGAGCCCAUAUUAAGUCUUCUGAUUAAUUUGCCAGGUUUUUAAUGUGUUUUCAGAAAGCUGUAUGAAAUUUCAUCUACAAAUAAAAAUGAUGUAAAUAAGACUUUGCUGUCUAAAUUAUGGAUGUUAAAGAUAUGAGAUGUUUUGUACUUUGAUUAUUUUUAUUUCUUACACUUUUCUUUUAUAUUGAUAACUUGCUCACACUUAA